UUUGUUCCAACAUGGCGACAAUCUUUGUAGAUCCUCUCUGUUCUUCAAAUCGAAAUAUGUUGUAAAAUACCUGAAGAGCAAUUUUGGGUAGUAUUUCAAUGGAUCACAGGGAAGAACCUGAUUUCUCACUGAGCGGGGAAACUGGAGGAGGGGGCGAAAGCGAGGAAGAAAUUGAAGUAACUGCUGCUGAAGUUCUCGUUCAACUUGAAAAUGCCUGGAUGAAUGAAAAAUUUGCUCCAGAGCUUUUGGAAAGCAAAGCAGACCUUGUUGAGUGCAUGCUGGAUCAGAUAAAAGAAAUGGAGGGAAAUUUGAAGAAAAUAAAGCAGGGAGAUGUUGUAGCAUCAUUGCAUAAAUUAGAGAUUGACAGAAUACGAUUUGUACUGAGCAGUUACAUCAGGACAAGGUUAGAAAAGAUUGAAAAGCAUGUUGUCCAUGUGCUUGAACAAGAAGCAGCAAGAGAAGAAGAUGAACCCUCCCGUUUGUCCCCAGAAGAACUUCAGUAUGCUAAAGCAUAUGCAGACAACAUGGAGAGUUUGUUCAAGUCUUUGGCAUUGCAACACAUGCCAGCAAACAUGCAGAAUAUUGAUAGAAAGAAAGCAGUUCCAUGGCCAAACAUGGACAAAUAUGUGUUUUUGAAGGUUCUGGAGAAUCAGGACCAAAUCAUGAUCGAUCCUGACGAGGAGCCCAUCGACUUGGAGGAUAGAGCACAAUAUAUCAUGCGUUACAGUGCUGUAGCUCCACUUCUCACCAAUGGAUCCGUAUCUCUUCUGUGACGCCUCGAUCAGCCGUGCGAUGUCUGUCUACUUCAAACGGUUACAAAAGACGAAAACAGCGUUCGUAAUUGCUUGAAUAGCCGAGAGACUUCAUGCAAGAAAACUAAUGAAAUUUUAUCACUUUUCUCACUUCCUCUUUCAAGCAAGUUUUCCUCAACGCCUUGAGAAUGCCUCUUUUUUUUUUGCCCGUUCAAAGUACGUCAUUUUUUUCUGAUUGUCCCAACAUGCGAAUUUUUAAAGUAUUAUUUUGAAAGAUAUGGCUGAUCUGCUUCUCUGCUCCCAAAGAGGUUGAGUAUAUUUUGGAAAAUAUAGCACUUUAAGGUAAUGAUCAUUCAAUACAAGAACGGAGAGUUUGGAAAUUUACACAAAAGUUCUUGUACAAUGUAGUAGGACUGCAUGAGUGGAACUAAUUUCAAAAAGUGUUCAAUAGAGUUCUUUGGUUUGAAAUUUGGGAGCGCGAUUACCCUUGAAAUUUAACGUACUUAGACUUCAACACUGUAUUGUUUUCUUUACUUUGUCAAGCAAUUUAACUUGUUACUUGUAAGUAUUAGAAGAAAAACAGUGGAGUCCCAUCGAACUUCUAACAAUA